UAUAUAUAUAUAUAUAUAUAUAUCCAACCAGCAAUUAGUGGCUAUGGACUGGCUCCAUAUCAUUUUGUUACUCAACCGCGAGGUUGAGAUCUCAUUGGCUUAGUCAUUUCCGACUGUGAUCAAAGAAAAAGGUUACUUCAACCACUGAAUUCCUGGUGAUAUAAACCAACAGUUGAAGAUGUUAAGUGAUAUGUCUCGGAGUUAAUCACAAUUAAGCCUGGAAUGUAUCUACAUUGCUUAUAACUGAAGCGCACUUUUAGUAGUAUUGGUCUGGACAUUUAAUUUUCUGUUAGUCACGAACUCUUACUCAUCUCCAGUUAUCGUUUCAUGUUUCUCAGCCAACAGUGAUCACAAAGCAUUUAGUGGACGUAAAAAAUCGGCAUGAACAGUUUUUACCACAAUUUACCGAAAAUUGUAUGUAGAUUUGAUUACACAUAUAUUAAUGAUUAGGAGUUGCAUGCCCACCUUUCUGGGAGUAUUAGUUCGGCGUUUUUGAAGCGUGAAUCAAUUACUAACCGUGAUGUUCAGAACGUUAAUCCAAGUUUUGAUUUUGAAACAUGGAACGGGGAUAUGAACAGGUGUUUUGAUGUUUUCCGAACAAUCCACAAAUUAAUUGAAACACCAGAGAUUUUGGAGAGAGCUACAACUUCCGUUAUUGAAGAAUUUCAUCAAGAAAACGUCAUUCUUUUGGAAUUGAGGACUACGUUACGACCAAUUCCAACUCAUCGUUCUUAUUUGAAUGCGGUAAUCAGAGGAAUACAGAAUGCACCGAGUGUACUUGAUAAUAAAAUAUAUGUGACAUUAAUACUAUCUAUAGACAGAUCUAAAAGUCUUGAUGAAGCGUUACUCACUUUAGAGUUAGCAAAGGAAUACUAUUCUAAUGGAUUGGUAUCAGGCAUUGAUCUCAGCGGGAAUCCACUAGUAGGAAAUUUAUGUGAUUUCGUUUCAGUUCUUAAUACAGCUCGUUCGUACGGUUUAAAAACAACAGUACAUAUAGCUGAAACAGCUGAUCAAAGUGAAGAUUGGUGUAAAUUUCUUAGACUUCAUUUGCCAGAUCGACUGGGGCACGGAAUAUUUUUGACCAAUUCAGAUGAGAAUUCUGUUUUAGCAAGAGAAAUUGUUUUGAAAUCUCAAAUACCUUUAGAAUUAUGCUUGACAUCAAAUGUUAAGUCGAAAGCUAUUGAAAACUAUGAAUCUCACCAUCUAAACUAUUGGAUGGACAAGAAACAUCCUAUUUGCAUUUGUACGGAUGAUAAAGGCCUAUUUAAUUGUACGUUAUCAGGUGAAUUUCAACUGUCUGUUGAACGUUGUUGUUUGAAUAAUGAACAAUUGUUUCAAAUCUUAAUGGACUCAGUGAAUAUGGCGUUUUGCACUGAAAACGUGAAAAAACAAUUGUCUCAUAAAAUCAGAGAAUAUUUCAAUAGUUUUAUAUUUGAUAAUUUAAACGAAAAAUAAUAUUAACUUUGUAAAAAUAUUUUGUUAUAAAAAGUAAAUUUUGCUAUUGGAUUCAUUUUUUUGAAGAUUUUACCAAUUUGAAUCCA